AUGUUGGAAUGCUACAGAGCUCAACGGAGCAUCCCGCCGAUGACACAUGACGCUAUACUGUCUACAGCCCACUUUGAUGCUACAUCCGGUUGGCAGGACAAUACGUUGAGUUACCUCCGAAAAUCCGGAUUUACUGAUGCAGCACUUUGUGCUACUUACACGGUCGGCGCCCGCAGUGACAGUGGCAUUGGGCGCUGUUCUAUGUUUGUCGUGUUGGUCUAUGUCAAUGCAUAUAAACCGGAGGCACUGCAUCGGGGAGCCGAUAUUAUCUGCAACAACUUCCCAAAGCCUCUCAGCUGCAAUCCAACGAUACCUCUGACUUCCUUUCCCCAAAAUAUUUCCCAUCUAGCCGGCAGAAAUCACAAAAUGGCAUUGUACCCCGUCGAAUCCACCAUUUCAGAUAGACACGGCACUUCCACUAUCCUUCCACCAGAAAUCAGAGAACUCAUCCUUUCUAACUUUUCAAAUUCCUAUGACAACGCGAAAACGCUCUCAGCACUGGCAUUAUCCUCCCACGCCCUGCGUACAGCUGCGAAUAGAGUGCGCUUCUUGUCUGUUUGGUUUGUAGCCUCCGAUCGGCAGACAGUGCGAAGAGAAAUUGACCGUAUACGAGCUUUGUCGGAGGUGUUGAGGCAAGGGAAGACCCUGAAGACGUUGCAAGGGGUGUGUGAUUUCAUUGGCGAAUUUGUAUUGAGGCUAGCAGGGGAUCACUGGGGAACAGAAGAUGACGAAGAAGAAAAUGGCGAUAAUGGUUCCGGCAUAAUACUUUCAUGCUUGUACGACGGAUCAGUUGCAUUGAUACUCAACAGCAUCUUUAGAAACACGUCUCCACUGGCAAUCGGUCCACUAUUUGCGCCGCGCAGGCUCGUCCUCGAGGUGCGCUAUGCUUCAAUUCUGGGGUGCACCUGGGACGAACUCGAGGUCUCGCUUUCAGGAGCACUGAACUCCCUGGUCACAACGUCCCAGCUGACGGAUCUUCGUCUGGGAUGCAUCCGGAACGUGCCCUUAAAUCUCAUAUUGACAUGCAGUACUCUCAAACAACUUCAUCUCGGUAUGUCAUACUUCAGCCCACAGGCGCUUUUUUCGCCUCGCAAUCUUGGCCCAUCAAACACAACUUCGGCAGAAUCAAGUGCUGUUGUCGGCGUGGAAUUAACCUCCUUGUCGAUGCAGCUUGAUAUGACAUUUGAAUCCCUCAUCAAUUUCCGCUUCGCUGAUAUCCGUUCGCCAAUGUUCGCGUCGCUUGUCUCGCUCAAAGUCACGCUAACACACUUCGACAGCUUGAAGAGCUUGCGAGAGAUACUUGGAGCCACGAAUCGGUUGGAAAUACUUGAAAUUGCCUUUCUGACUGUGAUCGGUAAGUUUGAAGUCAUGUCGAAGAAAAAAAGGACAAGAGCAUAUCUCCUCACAGGUCCUCAAAACGAUCUGGUCAUAAGCCUUGAUGCCCUUCAGUCUUUACACACGCUUAAGGUUGACUUUGAGUUGGAGUACGGGACAGGAGGAACAGUUUCUUCUCUGCUCACAUCCUCUUCGUUGCUCAAGAACUCGAUGCCAUCAUCGCUUGAAGUGCUCGAAAUCCGCAUCAGAAUUAAGGAUUACCCGUAUCGUUUUUCUUUCCCAUACUUAAAAAAUGCGAUGAUGGUAUGGGAUGAGCGCCUUUCUGGUAUACUCAGCUCUAGGAGAAAUUCCGAUGGAAGCAAGGAUAUGAAACGGGUAUUGGUGUCGACCAACAUCACAUGA